AUGGCGGGUAAAACCGUGAGCUUCAACACGAAUUGCGACCUUAUCGACUCGCAACUCGAGAGCUUGGCAAAAUGGCUGAGCUGCAACGGCGAGGUUUGGGGCGUGGGCCCUACCGCCGUAUUCGCCAGCGCCGCCGCCCUCUUCCUCUACCAUGAGCUGGAGGCUACCAUCUUCGUCGCCGGCGGGGACCAGGUCCAUGUGUCGCUGCUCGAGAAGACACUUGUUUCGACGAUGGUUGCUGGAAUGCUGGCGCUGAUGAUCCACAUCUGGGUGUGCUCCAUGCGGUUUUUCCAGUACUACCUGGAUACGCUCAUCAGAGACAGUCCAAGCGUCCUCCUAGAAAUGACGACCGCAGGCCUGUUAGGAGGGCAGGCGGAGAUGGUUCCCCUUGGUCCACUGACCCGCUUCCUCCGGCAGCAGCAGCCGCAGAUCCACAUCACCUUCUGCUGGUUCCUCUCCCUCUGUUACGCCGACUACGUCAGGAAGCACUACUGCCAGAGAUUCAAUAUGCCGUACUUGGAACAGUGGCAAACCGAGCUGCACGAGCGCGCCUCGCGGGGGGUGAGCAAGACCAUGCAGAGGGUCAACAGCUUCGUCGGAGCCGUCCAUCAACGGCUGCGUGGAUACGCGCCAACCAACGCCCAGCAGACCAAUGAGGCGCAUACUGGGAGCUGCACACCCAAGCAGACCGCCAGCGGAUGCACGAGCAAGAUGUCGUGGGGGUGCCGGCGAAGCAGCGACUCCGCUCUGGCCACGAAAGACGGCCGGGAGCUCUGCGUCCGGCUCGUCAGUCAGUCCAGCGAGACGACCGCAGACGCCAUUGAGAAACUGCGCUCUUAUAUAUCCGCCACAAGAUGUUCGUGUUGCGCUCCACCGAUCCCCGGCAUCAGCGAUGCUAGCAAUACAGAAAAGCCAACGAAGACUGGAGGAUUUCCCUUGGAGAAAAAUGGCAACCCUGCCCUUUGA